CGAUGUUGCCAGCAGUAGACUUUUGCGUGUAUGAGUUUCUGCUGAAGUAAACAAAGAUGAUAGAAAUGCUACAAAUCAUUCGUGUUUAGGUAGAAAAAUUUAUCAAAAUGUCAGGAGAGAAAAAGUCUGUCUGCGUCGUCGUAGUCGGAGAUGUUGGAAGAAGCCCACGCAUGCAAUAUCACGCUCUUUCGUUAGCGAAAGAAGGAUUUGACGUUGACGUUGUAGGUUAUGGAGGUUCUGAACCCAUACCUGAGCUUCGGGAACGCCACGAUGUACGUUUUAUUUACAUGUCACCUUGCCCUGAUAUACGAAGUGCUGCAUUUUUGCCCUUCAAAGUAUUGUGGCAGUUUUGUACUCUUCUAGCAGCAUUGUUUUUAAAACCAAAGUCAGACUAUGUUUUGCUGCAAAAUCCUCCAGCUGUGCCAGCAAUGAUCGUUUGCUGGUUUUAUUGUUUUUGUAUGAACUCUUGCUUUAUUGUUGACUGGCACAACUAUGGAUUUUCGAUAAUGGGCUUGACUCUUGGAGAGCAGCACAUUCUGGUACGGUUUUACAAGUGGAUUGAGUUCUACUUUGGAAGAAAAGCAUCUGCCCAUUUUUGUGUUACAAAAGCCAUGAGAGAAGACUUGGAGAAAAAUUGGAAUAUAAGUGCCACAACCUUAUACGACCGCCCACCUGAUAUUUUCCGCCCUAUAUCUGUGAGGGAAGAGCAUGAACUGUUCCUCAGACUUGGUGUUGAUUUUGAAGAAUUUCGAAGUGGUUUAGAAGUGACUAGAUUUACAAGAGCAGCCUUGGAUGGGCAGUAUGAGUUGCGAGAUGAUAGGCCUGGUCUUCUAGUCUCUAGUACAAGUUGGACAGAGGAUGAAGAUUUUGGUCUUCUUCUCCAUGCUCUUCAAACAUAUGAAACAAAACGAGCUUCUGGUAAAUCAGGCCUCCCUCCUCUUGUCUGUGUCAUCACUGGAAAGGGACCUUUGAAACACUACUAUUGCAAUCUUAUUGCCAGUAAAAAGUGGCGCCAUGUUCAAGUAAUUACCCCCUGGCUACAACCACAAGACUACCCUUCGCUGCUAGCAAGUGCUGACCUUGGGGUUUGCCUUCAUACCUCAUCAAGUGGCCUUGAUCUACCAAUGAAAGUUGUUGACAUGUUUGGCUGCUGUUUGCCUGUCUGUGCAAUCAAAUUCAAGUGCCUUGAUGAACUGGUGAAACAUGAACAGAACAGUUUGGUAUUUCGGGAUGCUGAAGAGCUCUCAGAACAGCUUAUAUCUUGGUUCCGCAACUUUCCUGUUCCAAGCUCCAAAGUCUCAUUAUUUCGAGCAGAGCUCCAACAAUUUCGUGCACUUCGAUGGCAUGAUAACUGGGUUUUUAAUGCUUAUCCUGUUUUUAAUGGAUAGUAAUUUGUGGAGAGAAAAAAAAAAUAACAUCUUGCUGGAAAGAAACUUGUUUCACUGAAAAUAUGCCAAAGCCAAUGUAUGGUCUCUAGAAGCAGCAGAUUAAUAUGUUUGAAUGUAGACUCAUUGUGAUGAAUGUCAAGAGAUUGAUAGUCCAUGGCCAUUGUAGAAUUCUUGAUUUAAAAAGUUACAGAUUUUUAGUCUAAGUAGGAUAUUAUCCAUUUCCCCUCCCUCCCAUUUUGAUAUAUUUUCGUACUUUGUUUUAAGGAGGACUGAUUGUUGGAGUUCAAAAUCCUAUAAAUUUAGUGCAUAUUCCAACAUAUUUUUUAUGCCUUUAGUAGUUGUUAAACAGUAUCAAUUUUCUAGUCUCUUCUUUUUGGGCAGAUCAUAUACAGUUCUAUUUCAUUUCAACCAAUCAGAAAAUAAUAUGAUAAUUUGUAGGUGUCACUUAAAAGAAUCUAAGUGGUACUAGCUUACGUCGCUGUCAUGACCGUAGUUAGACCCCAUUCCUGUGUUUUGAAUGAGAUAUUCCGUAGUAUGUAGUAAGACAAUGUAAUUUUUCCACCAGGUGUUCUACUUAACUCUUCAAAUAUUUCUAUGCCACUUCUUUCACUCCUUUUAUCUGUGAUUUGAGGAUUUUGUUGAUCUAUGUAAUGUAGUGAGCAGUUUAUUUAUGUGUUUUCAGGGUAACGUCUGAAAGUUGGCUGUUGUUGAACAUUCCCUGUGUACCGUAGAGAUUUGUGGAAUUGAGUAAUGUCAUUAUUUCUGACAAUUCUUGACUAUUGGAACCUUAUCCAGGGUUGAUUAGGCAACUUUAAAUUGAAUUUGGGAUAGAGAUUAAUUUAAAAAGUAACAUCUGUACUUUUGUUAUUAUUAUAAUCAGUAAUGAUUAAUAACUAUUCUGAUAUGUCAUCACUCCAGGUGUAUAAAUAAACCCUGUGCACAUUUGCAGUUACACUAUAGUACCCACAUGCUAGCGCAUGGGCAGAUUUUCCUAUUGUUUUUCUCCUGUAUGGGCCUUGAGUGAGCCAUGUUUGCAAGUGGCACAGACCACUUUGAAUAAAAGUGAGUGUUUAAAGCCUCUUGGUAUACUGAUAGAACUCUCAAUUAUCUAUCUUCCGACUUUACCAUUAACUCUUAUGUAAAAGAAGUCACUGAUGAAGAGUAAAUUUUAACCUGAUCUCCAAACCAUUUUGUUCUGAGCCACUGUCACCAUGAACACACUCCAUUUUGGUGACAGGUAGACAGUAAACUAUAAAGUUUAGGCUAAAAUGUUCUUAUAUUGAAUUAAUUAUCUGUAUUUAAAUUUUACGGCCAUAUAACAGUAACUUUGCAUUAUUUACUGUUGUUGUGUUUUUGUAUUUCUUGUUUACAAUUUUGAUAUGUAAGACUGUUUAUAAACCUGUUCCUUUACCACAGCUAUUAGUUUUUAUGAGGUGAGUAGGUUUAGAAUUGCUCCUCUUGAUAUUUUAUUCUCCUAAUUUUCUGAAAAUAUCUGUGCGUUUGGGUCUGAUAUAAAACAGCUUUCUGAUUUGUACUUCUUGUUUUGUGAUUUUUUUACUACUUUCAGCUCAAAAAUAGCCUCCAUCCUCACUCAAAGGUAGAGCUUUUUUAUGUGACUUGAAAGACAGUAAUGGGGUGGUUUUAUUGAAUGUUUCCUGGCUCUGUUCUGGCUAAUCUUGGAGCACUAUGUUGUACCUAUUUUUAAGGUUGUUAGAGCAAAGGAAAUAAAGGUGAUUUUCUUUUCGCAA